UUUCACCUUGUAAAGUCCAUGAUUAUAAAUCAGACCCUGCAUAUGAUUUUGUAUGUUGUACUGGUCGGAUUCUUUCUCUCACUCAAAGUGCAUACAAACAUAAAUUAUGUCGACAGAAAUGGAGGCCGUAAGUGUUCUUCAGUACCUUGACAACAAGUCCAUAUUGGUCAUUGGAGCGGCUGGGUUCUUAGCAAAUAUUUUUGUGGAGAAGAUAUUAAGGGUGGCACCAAACGUGAAGAAACUCUAUCUUCUUCUAAGAGCAUCAAAUGAAAAAUCUGCUACCCAGAGGUUUAAGGAUGAGAUCUUGGGGAAGGAUUUGUACAAGGUGGUGAAAGAGAAGUAUGGUCCAAAUCUAACUCAACUUACAUCUGAGAAAGUCACUGUCGUCAAUGGGGACAUUUGCCUUGCGGAUUUGGGUAUUCAAGACUCUUUGGCACAUGAGAUGAUCCACCAAGUUGAUGCCAUUAUUAAUUUAGCGGCAACUACUAAGUUUGAUGAACGAUACGAUGUAGCACUUGGGAUCAACACAUUGGGUCCCCUCAAUGUCUUGGAUUUCGCCAAGAAAUGUGAAAACGCUAAGAUCUUUGUUCAUGUAUCAACAGCUUACGUGUCCGGGGAAAAAUCUGGUUUGAUAAUGGAAACACCAUACCGUAUGGGUGAGACGUUGAAUGGAACCACCGGCUUAGAUAUCAACCAUGAGAGGAAAUUGGUCCAGGAGAAACUUGACCAGCUCCUAGUCAUCAAAACCCCUCCCGAAACAAUCACACAAGCCAUGAAGGAUAUGGGACUCACCAGGGCAAAAAUGUACGGAUGGCCAAACACAUACGUUUUCACAAAAGCAAUGGGAGAGAUGAUGGUAGGAGAAAAAAGAGACAAUAUAUCACUUGUGUUGAUCCGUCCAUCAAUUAUUACCAGCACUUUCAAAGAACCAUUCCCUGGUUGGACCGAGGGCAUCAGGACUAUUGAUAGUUUAGCUGUCGGAUACGGUAAAGGCAGACUCACAUGCUUCCUUGGUGAUCUUAAUGCUAUUUCUGAUGUGAUGCCAGCAGAUAUGGUAGUAAAUUCGAUUCUAGUAUCGAUGGCCGCUCAAGCCGGGAAACAAAAAGAGAUUAUUUAUCAUUUGGGUUCCUCGCAAAAAAAUCCGUUGAAGAAUGAGAAAUUUCCUGAAGUAGCAUACCAGUAUUUUACUACCAAACCAUGGACUAACAAAGAUGGGAAGCCAGUUCAUGUACGGAAAAUAGAGAUUCUGAGUUCUAUGCCAAGUUUCCACCGAUACAUGGCCAUACAUUACUCGAUUCCACUAAAGGGACUUGCAGUACUAAACAUGGUACUUUGCAAGUUGUUGGAUAAAAGCGUUAAGGAUUUUCAUAGGAAGAUAAAUCUUGCGUUGCGGCUUGUUGAUCUCUAUCAGCCUUACCUCUUUUUCUAUGGGGUAUUUGAUGAUUCAAACACAGAAAAACUGCAAAGAAUGGUGUUGAAAACCGGAGUCGAAACUGAGAUGUUCUAUUUUGAUCCAAAGAUUAUCAACUGGGACGACUAUUUUGUGAAGACACAUAUUCCUGGGUUGGUUAAGUACGUUUUCUAGUGAUAUCAUUUCAGUAAUAUUUAUUUUAUCGUGAUCAAAAGAGUAGAAACUAUGUGGAAGUUAUACUACUCGUUGGUUUGUUUUCAUAUGGCUAUGUUUUCAAAAGUGUGUUAUUGACCUGGGUUUUUUUAUUUCUUAUUUCUUAUUUCAGCAUCUGUAUCUCUAUAAAGUUAUUUUUUCAAUAUAGUUUUAUUUUACUGUCGUAA